AUGAGCAACGGUACCGAGGGGACGAGCACUUGGGACGCAUCGGCGGCGGCCGCCAACCGCCGCCGCCGCCCGGACCAGUUCAUCUCGCGCUGGACCUUCGACAACAGCCGCCAGCGUCGCAUGAUGGCGCAGAGCCGCGGCGACUUCGAGAUGGGCCAGUUGCGCCAGUUGGGCCAUUUGGGCCAGAUGGGCCAGAUGGGACAUUUGGGCCAGGUGGGCCAGAUGGGCCCAAUGCGCGCCGCCCCCCUGCCACGGGAGCUCGACACGCGCCGCCUCCGCUCCAUGGACCCGCCGCCGCGAUCCAUACGCCACCCCAUU